AUGCAGUUCACUCUCACCAAAGUUCUUGCCUUCGCCCUCGCGGUGGCCACCGGCGUUUCUGCUGGCGCUGUCGCUGAUUCCCAGGCCAUCAAGCAACAGACUGAGGGCAAGUGCGAUAUUGGCAACGUGUCUUGCUGCAACCCAACCAACGUCGACAAGACUGAUGGCUUCCUCAACAACCUACUCGAGUGGGGUGUCGUCGGUAGUCUGGUCAACGGUCAGGGAAGCGCUUGCGCUCCGGUCAGCCUCAUUGAUGAGCUUGGUAUUCUGGCCCUCGUCAAGGAUACCCCCGAUGGACCUGUCUGCGAGAACGUCAUUGCUUGCUGCCCCGGUCAGGGUGCUCAGUGUGUCGCCAUCGGUGACGGCUCUGGCUCUGGCUCCGGCUACAGCGACUAA